GGCGCUGAGUCAGUCCGUCAGUCCGUCGGUCAGUCAGUCGGUCGGUCGGUCCGGUCGCUGGUGGCUAUGCGGGCCUGGGCCGCCGUGCUGUGCUGCGCGCUGUGCUGCGCCGUGGGACGGGGCUCCGAGGACAUCGUGGUGGGCUGCGGCGGCUUCGUCAAGUCCGAUGUGGAGAUCAACUACUCCCUCAUCGAGAUUAAGUUGUACACAAAGCAUGGUACCCUCAAAUACCAAACAGAUUGCGCUCCGAACAACGGGUAUUUCAUGAUUCCCCUCUAUGAUAAGGGGGAUUUCAUUCUUAAAAUUGAGCCUCCACUGGGAUGGAGUUUUGAACCGACCAGUGUAGACAUCCAUGUAGAUGGCAUUAAUGACAUUUGCACAAAGGGAGGCGAUAUUAACUUUGUGUUCACAGGGUUUUCUGUGAAUGGAAAGGUUCUCAGCAAAGGUCACUCAUUAGGUCCUGCCGGAGUCCAGGUUGUACUGAGAAAUGCUGGCAGUGAUGUAAACUUACAAGCAACUAUUACCCAACCUGGAGGAAAGUUUGCUUUCUUUAAAGUGCUUCCUGGUGAAUAUGAAAUCGUUGCAUCUCAUCCCACCUGGAUGUUGAAAGAGUCAAACACAGUGGUGCGGGUGACCAGUUCUAAUGCUUAUGCUGCGAGCCCUCUGAUUGUUGCUGGCUACAACGUGUCUGGGUCAGUAAGGAGUGAUGGAGAACCAAUGAAAGGGGUCAUGUUCCUGCUUUUCUCCUCCUCAGUGACCAAAGAGGAUGUUGUGGGCUGCAAUAUUUCUCCUGUGGAUGGAUUCCAAUCACGAGACGAGUCUCUCUCCUAUUUGUGUAAUGUUGUAUCAAAAGAAGAUGGAUCUUUCAGCUUUCUUUCCCUUCCAAGUGGGAAAUACACUGUGAUACCAUUCUACAGAGGAGAAAGAAUUACCUUUGAUGUUGCGCCAUCUAGAUUGGACUUCUUUGUAGAACAUGACAGCUUACAAAUUGAGCCUGUUUUCCAUGUGAUGGGUUUCUCUGUCACAGGCAGAGUGCUGAAUGGUCCUGAAGGAGAAGGAGUCGCUGAUGCCACUGUGACACUGAACAAUCAGAUUAAAGUAAAAACAAAAGCUGAUGGAUCUUUCCGUCUUGAGAACAUAACGACAGGUACAUACACAAUUCAUGCCAGGAAAGAGCAUCUCUUCUUUGAUACUAUCACAGUGAAGAUCGCACCAAAUACGCCUCAGCUAGCGGACAUCAUUGCAACAGGAUUCAGUGUGUGUGGCCAGAUCUCAGUAACUCGUUUACCUGACGCAGUCAAACAGAUCAAUAAAUACAAGGUAACCAUGGUGCCUCAAGACAAGGACAAAGCAUCCACGGUUACAACAGAAACUGACCCUCAUGGAGCAUUUUGUUUUAAAGCACAAUCUGGUGCAUACAGUGUUAAGGUUAUUAUUCCAGAGGCUGAAACCAGAGCAGGAUUGGCCUUGAAACCCAAAGUGUUCCCUGUUACCGUUACAGACAGACCGGUCAUGGAUGUGACCUUCUCUCAGUUUUUGGCAUCCAUUUCGGGGAAGAUCUCUUGUUUAGAUGCUUGUGGUGACCUGGUGGUGAUGUUACAGUCUGUGAGCCGCCAGGGUGAAAAACGGAGCCUGCAGCUCUCUGGAAGUACAGAGUCAGUAGCCUUCACGUUUGAAAAUGUGCUACCUGGCAAAUACAAAGUAAGCAUUGUACAUGAAGACUGGUGCUGGAAGAAUAAAUCUCUGGAGGUGGAAAUCGUGGAGGAAGAUGUUUCGGGAGUAGAAUUCAGGCAGACUGGAUAUAUGCUGAGGUGUUCCCUUUCUCAUGCAAUUACACUGGAAUUCUACCAGGAUGGAAAUGGACCAGAGAAUGUUGGUGUUUAUAACUUGUCUAAAGGAGUUAAUAGAUUCUGUCUUUCAAAGCCAGGUGUGUACGAAGUAACCCCACGUUCCUGCCACCAGUUUGAACACAAAUAUUACACUUAUGACACGUCUUCUCCAAGCAUACUGACGCUCACUGCUGUUCGACACCAUGUCCUUGGCACGAUUGUGACAGAUAAACUGAUGGAUAUGACUAUUACCAUUAAGUCAUCUAUUGACAGUGAACCUGCCUUAGUUUUAGGGCCAUUGAAAUCUGUGCAGGAGUUACGCAGGGAGCAGCAGCUGGCAGAAAUUGAGACCCGCCGACAGGAGAGAGAAAAGAAGGGCCAAGAAGAGGAGGGAACAAAGCCACCAGUGCAGGAGAUGGUGGAGGAACUUCAGGGACCAUUUUUAUAUGAAUUUUCGUACUGGGCAAGGUCUGGUGAGAAAAUUACUGUGACACCGUCUUCAAAAGAGCUUCUUUUCUAUCCACCUUAUGUGGAAACAGUCGUUAGUGGAGAGAGCUGUCCUGGAAAGCUGAUAGAGAUUCAUGGGAAAGCAGGCUUAUUUUUGGAAGGACGGAUUCAUCCUGAAUUGGAAGGUGUUGAGAUUGUCAUUGGUGAAAAAGGAGCUCCUUCCCCUCUCAUCACAGUUUUCACUGAUGACAAAGGUGCUUACAGUGUUGGACCACUGCACAGUGACUUGGAAUAUACAGUUACUGCACAGAAAGAAGGAUUUGUUUUGACUGCAGUAGAAGGAACAGUUGGUGACUUCAAAGCUUUUGCUCUUGCUGGUGUGACGUUUGAGAUUAGAUCUGAGGAUGACCAGGCUCUUGCUGGAGUACUCUUGUCUCUCAGUGGGGGGGUGUUCCGGUCCAACCUCCUUACGCAGGAUAAUGGCAUGCUGACCUUUUCCAAUCUGAGUCCAGGGCAGUAUUACUUUAAACCCAUGAUGAAAGAAUUUCGCUUUGAACCAUCGUCUCAAAUGAUUGAAGUGCAGGAAGGACAGAAUCUUAAAAUUCGGAUAACUGGCUACAGAACAGCUUACAGCUGUUAUGGCACUGUCUCUUCAUUAAAUGGAGAGCCUGAGCAAGGGGUCUCAGUAGAAGCUGUGGGGCAGGAAGGAUGUAGCAUCUAUGGAGAAGAUACAGUAACUGAUGAAGAGGGCAAGUUCCGGCUACGUGGCCUUCUGCCAGGCUGUGUGUAUCAUGUACAACUCAAAGCCGAAGGCAAUGAUCAUAUUGAAAGAGCUUUACCACAGCACCGGGCAAUUGAGGUUGGGAACAGCGACAUUGAUGAUGUUAAUAUUAUAGCAUUUCGGCAAAUUAAUCAAUUUGAUUUAAGUGGAAAUGUGAUUACGUCUUCUGAGUAUCUGUCCACGUUAUGUGUGAAGCUCUACAAAAGUGAAAAUCUUGACAACCCAAUUCAUACAGUCAAUUUAGGCCAAUCUCUUUUCUUCCAUUUCCCUCCCCUGCUCCGAGAUGGAGAGAAUUACGUGGUGCUCUUGGAUUCUACGUUGUCUAAAUCACAGUAUGACUACAUCCUGCCUCAAGUUUCGUUCACUUCCAUUGGAUAUCAUAAGCACAUUACGCUGGUAUUUAGUCCCACUAGAAAGCUACCUGAGCAAGAUAUUGCCCAAGGAUCUUACAUUGCACUGCCACUGACACUGCUUCUGUUGUUGGCUGGUUACAACCACGAUAAGCUUAUUCCCUUACUACUGCAGCUGACGACUCGACUUCAAGGGGUCCGUGCCCUUGGACAGGCGGGUUCUGACACCGGUGGCCCAGAGGAUGCAAAGAGACAAACAAAAAAACAGAAGACAAGACGGACGUGAGAAUUCCCACUUUGCUCCAGAGAAGCAGCACAGAGGGAUUUUGCUAAAUCAGUGGUACUUGAAGCAACAAAGUUCUGGGGGAAAUACAUGAACUGGUGAAUGAUGUCCUUGGCACUUCCAAUUCAGCAGCUUGAUUGAAGAGUCUGUUAUCUGCACAGCUGUGAUUUCAGUUCUUAUCCAGUAAAUGUUUGAUUUUAAUAAAAGAUAACAUAUUUGCCCAAUGAAGACAAAUCAUUAAUGUCAUGUAAGAUUAGUUGAUAAUGUCAGGUAAGUUCUGCUGAUCCCUGGUGCAAAAGCAGUGUUUAAAUGUCAAGUUCAUGUACACUGUGAUCUCUUUAGACCUCCAGUAUUCCUGAAGUGGCUACAGCUAGUUAGCUAGCUUCACUGUUCUUUCCAAAGUCAGACUGUGUUGUGAUACUUGUCUGUGUGUCUGUCUCAUCUACUGCUCAGGCAGCAUUUAACUUUUGUGCCAGUUGCUGAUGGAUUGUUUUCUUUUUUUCCCCAAUUAUUUGAAGAAGUGUUAGCUUUUAGAAACCUUCAACAUGCACGGUCCCAAUAAUGUAGACUGUAAUAAAUAAUAGCCUGCUUCUUACAGGCCAUCUUUUGAUUCUUGUUUGAAACAGACAGUUAGACAUACACAGCUUAAAUGUUAAUGGGGCUUUUUAUUGACAAAUAGUAUAAAGGUUAAUAGAGCUUUUGAAAGAUGAACAUAAAUGCCUACAAAUAUUGCAAAGACGUUGGUACUGCCAGUGAGUGGCAAUGUUUCUCUUUUAUAGUACUUGAAAUAGAGUCCCUUUACAUUUAAACACUGAAGCUUACAAACCCUACUUUAGAAACCUGGAUACAAAAAUUGCUUUAGUUUGGUCCUAAAUAUUAAAACUUCAUCUGCUGAUCCUUCUACUUAGACUGGCAUCUAUACAACGGAAUCUGAGGGGAAACUGCCAAGAUCAUAAGAAAUGAAUGUCAAAAAAGCACAUGUGUAUAAAGCUUGAGAUGAAGCUCUAACAAACUCAUGCUCUCAACUUAAUGACCUCAAAAUUUGUGGUUUACUGUGAUGAACUACGUGGGGAAAAAAAACAGCGUUGGAGGCCUUGUAUUAAAUAUGUACAAUUUUUAUAUCUUUUUUUUAGGUUGGUGAAUGCUGAUAAGGGAAUUGCUGCUUAGGGGAGUUGUGUGAGAAGUGAAUGAUCAUUCAGUGUGACUUGAGGGACUACCAGAUAUUCUGACCUCUGAACUGUGCGACUUGAUUGACAUUAAACAUUGGAAAUGCUGUUAAUAAAAAGGCACUGAUGCUUGCUAAUUUGUUGACAGAAGCU